GUGGAUUUCAGAGACGCCUAACAAUCAAUUGUUAUGAAUGUGCAUUUUUUAUUGUUGCUUCGCACCACAUCUAUUGUAUGAAAAAUAAAAUUGGGAGCUUCUUUCAACAUGCUACGAUAAUUGGAUAACUUUGAGAGUAUACACUGGAGUUUUUAGUAUAAUCUACUAUAAAAAUAGUGUAAAUAAGUAAGCACAUAACAAAGUUGCGGAUAGAAUGUCACAUAAGUACAUUGGAAUGUGUUUAACGACAUUGUUCAGUGAGAGAGUUCGCUAAACUUUUACCAAGCAAGGCACUACAGUGCCUAGCUUGGGUAAUGGAUCCCGUUGGUUCCUGGUACACGUCCUAUAAUUGUCUUACCGGAGGUAGUACCACUGGAACAUUUCAAGCCACAUCACCAACUACAACCAGUGAAAUUGUAUCUCAUCACGUAGUAACUGCCGCACAAGCAGUGCCAUCAACGACCUCACAAAUACUUUUACAAGCAGCCCAUACAUCAGCAACUCUGGCGGGUCAACCAUCUCCUUUUAACCCUGGGGGGUUUUUAUCUCCACCCCCUGUGGGUUACGACGUCUUUACGCCUCUGUUUCAUCACAAUAGCAAGCAAGUGCAUUAUGUUGCAGCUCAACAAAGACAAGUUCUUGUUCAAGCGCAAACAGCGUCGGUGACAAAACAAAAUAUCACAACUGAAUCCGAUAUUCCUGCGUUAAAAGAAAAUUAUAGCAUGGCGCAUCAGGCUCCAUUUUUUGAACAACAAGGAACUUCGACAUCGCCAACGUCAACACUGGCCUGGACGCCACAGAACAAUACGCAACUUCCAAGCCCUUUUGGCAUUUUACCACACGAGAGUGUUGUACCGUCGUCUCCGGGUCCGCCUUCCACAAAAGCUAACAGCACCGGCUAUGAAAACGCCUUCAACACUCAUUUCAACACAACGGCUAUAAAUAACAUCAAUACAUCUCAAUUAACCAGCCCGACUGCGUGUAAUACCGACUUUAAAGCGUCGGGAUGUCCAGCUGACGCAAAAAAGUCAGUCAAUGUGAGACCUCAAUCGCCUACUGUUAACGCAAAGUCUCCACUAGUUUCCACUUCACAAACCAGUAAUAAUCAAACAUUUUUUUAUCAAGUUCCGACAACCUUUAAUUCUGAAACUUUAACGAACAGUUAUACGGCCGCUGGUAACGGGAGCCAAUCCACUGCCAGAAACGGAAAAGUUCAGUCGUCGAUGCAGCAUCAGCAAUCGUGUAUCGUGACGACACCGAGCAAUGUUACGGGAAAAGAAUACAGAAUACCGCAGUCGCCUUCAAGGUCAACCGCUUCAACGAUUUUUUUGAACGCUUCUACGGGAUCGGCUUCCGCGAUCGAGGAUAAGCAGGGAACUCGCAACAGUGGUUUCACGCCAACGCCGAACAAAGCGACCGUUACCACCACUCAACAGAAUAUUCAAACCAAGACGCAGAAUAAGAUUUAUUCAGAUUUGGGGAGCCACGGAGUCGAGCAUCGCAGGAACGAGCAACAAGGACAUGAUACUAGCCAAUCGUCUCCGAUUAGCUUCUCUAUUAUGGAUAAUCGCAGUUUAAACUAUGCAGCGAAUAAUACUGCAAAUUGCAACAACAACAGUGGCAAGCUUACGAGCAACCAAAGAACGUCAUCCAACAGCAAUUUACAAUCCUCACAUUCUCAGCAGCAGCAGCAGCAGCAGCAGCAACAACAAACGUUUCACGUUUUGAAUCAACAACAGCAACCACAAACUACUUCUUACAGACAUUAUUUAGGAGGAUCAACAAGCGAUACGGAAUAUCAUUCAAACAGAUCAAAAUCUGCGACUUCGACGGAUUCUGCUUACUCUUCCAAUACCUCAACGCAGAAUGGACCCGAUUGCAGUGUCGUUGUUCCACGGCGACCAAGUCCUUUGCAGGCUCAUUCGCAAGCCAGUCCGUUGGGACACGUUCCGAGUCCGGCGUAUCCUAUGUAUAAUAGUCCAAUGGCGACCAUGUCGUCUCCGUCACCGUUGCAACAACACGCCGAGAACACCAGCAGUCAGUGUGCCAAUAGCACAUCAUACAAAAGUGGGGUGCAACAAGUAACUCCGCCAUCGCCUCUGGACGUCACCAUUUCCAGACCGGCGUCGCAAGGACAGGUCGCGUAUUCGUCAGUGAUCACACGAGCAUUGGGCACCGCGGAGAACAACAAGGCUACUUACAACGUGGAGAGUAAAACGUACGAUAGACAGCAGCAAGACUUUUCGCAGAAGCAACAAGCCUGUUGGGAGAAUGACAAUAGGCAAACAGUCAAUGGCAACAGAAAGUUCUCGGCCACCGUAUAUAGCGGCACGAACACAGCGACCGGCGCGGACAUAAGUGCGCAGAAUCUGCAACAAAUACAAAGGCUGAUAAACGUGUCGGAAAGACAGCAACCUUAUUUCGAGGCCACUCCAAUGCAAGAACACUUGAACAGUUGCAGGGGAGACCCGAUGACCGUUGUGAAAAAUUUGCAAACGCUGCAACAGGGCUCUUGUGAAUUGCAACAGCACGCCACUACUGUUCUAACCGGCACGACGACGGAGCAGCAAAAACAGGCUGAGGAACGACAAAAGGCUGAUUGUGCUAACAAGAAGAGGAAGAGCUUGGACAAGAGCGGACAUAGCGCUCCGUUAUCAAACGAGAUUGCGGGUGGCGCAACGAUGACGGAAUACCUCAACAGAGUGCCUCCACCGGCACAUCACAAUGCUUCAAAUCAACAACAGCAGAACGGUUAUUUCGACUUUGAACGGUGGAAUUUAUCCGCGCCACAUCACAAGAUGUUUCCUUCCGCGUCCAAUGCGGCAGGAUGCAUGUAUAGUUCUCAGUCGUCGUUACAUCACUCGGGCAAUUUUGUCGGCACUUCGGCUCACCAACACCAAUCGUUAUUGGUGUCGCAUCACCCACCACCUUCCAUCACGUACUUCCCGGCUUUCCAUAUUCCCGCGGGUCAUCAUCCGCAUCAUCCGCACGAAUUUCAGUCUUCGAUUGAAAUAACGCCAAUAGGAUACAGCGAAAACAACGCCAAUCAAAACGCCAAUUAUAAUCAAGAGAUCAGAGACGACCAGCCUAAAGUGAUUGUUCCUAAUAUUGAGGAGGAAUUGGGCUUCCUUCAGCAAGAUCAACAAUUAAUACAGAGCAUGAAUCAAAUGAACAAGGACCUCAAACAACAACCCAACAGGGACCACAACGCGGGAUUUAUGACGAGCUAUUUGAAGUUUUUGCACGGUGAAAGAGAUCCAUCUCCGCCGCCCGCUAUUCGCGGUGGCAGGAAAGCGACGUGGAACAGAUCAAAGCCGUACAUACCGGGUAAACCCACGGAAAGUGCGGCUAACAGUGAUCCCGUCAGAAAGGAGAAACCGACGGCGACUAAAGAAACCUCAGUCAAGGAAACACCGGCGAUAGAUUACGCCAACGAUCCUAGAUAUUUCCCACUGCCGAAAGAAAGGAAAAAACCGAACUUUGAUUCAAGCGAUGAUGGAUUUACCAGCGACGACGACUUUCUGUUUCCUCCUAAGAAAACUGAGAAGAAAGUCCAGAACACAACCAACACUACGAAUAAUGUUGAAGUUGUUCCUGUAAAACCUGAAGGAAAGCGUAGAAAAGGCCGGCCUAUUAAGCCUGGUGGUCCUACGGAUAGGAAAAGAAGAGCUGCUGCUGCAGCAGCGGCAGCGGCGGCGGCGGCGGCGGCAGCAGGAGGAGGAGGAGGAGGAGGAGUAGCAGAGAAGAAGUCUUCGAAGAAAAGUGAAGAAGUGGAUCCUUUGAUUCUUCCUCCUAGACGCGAGAUGUCGAGGAGGAAAGCGAAGGAAAAAACUUCAGUGAAACAAUAUUUGGAGAGACAACAGGGUAUAGAUUAUUUCGAUAAUGACGAGGAACAAGUUGAUUCCGACUCGGACCCCGCUUGGACGCCUGCUGCAAAACUGGUCGGGGAUGAGGAAGAGAAGAGAAAGAAACGCGGCAGACCCGUGAUCACUAAAAAAGUUCGGAAGAUAUUGGAGGAAGACGGAUAUUCGUCAGGGGAACCUAUUAUCACAAAAAAAUCAACGAGAAAGAAACACGAUGUGUUUUCAAAAAGUUCUAAUAAUCCAGGCAAGCUUUCUUCGAAACCCGAUGUAAAAACGACAGCAGCAAGUGACGAAGAAAUCGAGAUCUCACCGUUUAAGUCGGGCGAAUUUAUUGUGGUGAAAACAGAUCUGAACGAAGAGGAUCCUCCUCUUUGGAGGAUAGACGGCAAAUUGUUACUUCAGAAAUACGAACCGUUCAAAUCUGACAAAUCCGGUGGGAAAAUAUUAUACAGAAACAUAUCUACGUAUUCCCCGUGGGACUCAAAGAGUCGUCACCUUUAUCAACCGGUGCCAGUUAAGUUUUGGCAGCAAGAUAAGACGGAAACAAUUGUGGAAUUCUUGAGAGACGAAAUGAUUAUUUACGACAGCGAGAACAUCGACAGAUCAAUGAAAGAGACCGAGAAAUAUCAAGAUAAUUUCGAGGUAUACUUACAGACAUUGAUCUCGCAAGCCUUGGAUUCAAAUUUUCUUACCGAGAUAUUUCAAGAACAAGAUGAGUAUUUCUUGUCAAACGUCAAAGUUGUCGAUGAUGUAACGGAGGAGAAAAAACGUUGUCUCUUGUCCACAACCAAAUGGAAACCGAAUGUCGUGACAGCGAUAUCAACGUGGCCCUGUCUUAAUGUGCUUAAAGAAUUAUCGGCGUCCGAAUAUAAAGGGAAAUCGUGCGCCGGUUGUCAGCACAAUAACAUCUAUGCGAGGGUUCUGCUUUACGGGCAACCAUAUAACAGCACCACGUUGGAAGGCUCGCCACCAGAUCCACGAAUACCUCAAGAAAAAGAUUUUCUGUUUUGCCGCAUUUGCCAAAAGAAGAUAGAUUUGUACAAUAAAGUCACUCAUCAGAAGUAUUUAAUGUUUUUGGAAUGUGCGAGAAGAGUGGCAGACAAAAAGAUAGCCGAUCCGGAUAAGGAUACUACGAUAAUAUUAAAUGAAUUAUUAGCAGACGAAGCAUGGUUGAAUCAAAUUUUUAAAGAAGUAAGAGCUAUUUGGGCUGAAAUCGACAGUGUGGAGCAGCAAGCCAAGAUCAAGGCGAGAUCAAACACGACUCUGUCGGCACCAGUAAAACCAUCUCACGUAGCAGAGACAACAAUCACUAGUGCUUCUACUGUACUUACAUCUAAAGGAACUGCUAAUACUUCUGAUUCACAGGUGCCUAUACAGAAUACCGAGAGCAAUCUAGAAACAACGUCAAACAAUAACUCGCAGAUGAGCAGCGAGCCAUCUUAGUGGUGUUGUGACUAUUCGCAUUUGACGCAAAAUGCGCUGAGAACUAAACUAUUACGAGUUCGGUGAUGUUCAGCGAAGCGUUAAACAAUCGUUGUGCCGAUUAAAACUUCUUAUCUUAUUGCGACAACAGUGAAAAAUCUUAUUUAUACAAAAAGUUAUAUGCAGAUAACCGAAUUUAAAAAUGUGAUUGAAAAAUCGUAGUUAAAGCGAUAAGCCAUAGUACAUUAGGUAACUAUAGGGAAACGGGAUUUCGGAGACACAAGACACGUGCAACUAUAACUAUAUGUAUAUAUAUAUAUAUACAUAUAUAUAUAUAUAUAUAUAUAUAUAUAUAUAUGUAAUAUAAAUAUUUAAGUUUGGUAUAAAGUUUAGCUUUAGCGUGAAAAAAACAGAAUUUUGCCAUUACAAUAUAGCAUAAUAAAAAUGAUAGUGCAUAAAAUAAUGAUGAAUUCCGAAAUAUGAAUGUGAAUAAAUAGAUAUAUACAUAUAUAUAUAUAUAUAAAUAAUUUAAUCUUUGUAUAAUCUUCGUGAUAAUCUUGCAACAUAUAUUCUGAUGAUGUGUGAUGAGAUCUGAGAGAUAUGUGGCAACAUUAUAUAGUGAUAUAUAUAUAAUAUAUAUUAUAUGUCACAAAAAUAUAUAUUAUAUUUAAU